CUCCGUCGUCAAAAGCUUUCUUCCAAGUCUGGUUAUAUAAAACCCCUACGAGAACGGGAAAAGGAGAGUCGAGAACAAGGUCUUUCAAAGCGCAUAGAUGAUAAUACAGACUCACCAGGAUUAAAACUAUUAAAAAAAAUGGGGUAUGAAUUAGGAAAGCCGUUGGGAAAGGAUUCUAGAAGGUCUUCUGAGCUUAAACAAAAAGCUGAAACGGAACUUGCUAGGAAAGCUAAACGAGCAAAAAUUAGCGAGGAAUCAUUUAUCGAACGCGUGCGCAAAGAACAAGUAGAAAAAAAGAUUAUCACACAGUUGAAUAAAGCGCAAAAUGCAUGUGAAACCUUAGAUAUGAGGAAGGACAAUAUUUUCUGGCUAAGCAAAGAAAAUGAAGAAAGUGAUGAAGAACCCUCGGAAUUUGAAAAAUUAUCGCCAGCGGAAAAGCUUGACAGUAUUUUAAAAUACAUGAGAGAAAAGUAUAAUUAUUGUUUUUGGUGUGGAUGUGAAUACAGUAGCGUUGAGGAGCUAGAGCAAUUAUGCCCUGGAAUUGAAGAAGAUGAUCAUGAUUAA